AGUGACCAAGCACAGUCACCACACCACACACCUUUUUCCAUGGAGUAAUUAAGGCCUGCCUCAGAGUGAGAGAGCACUCACUGCCCAGCUGCCUAAGGGAGAGCUGACAGAACUACCACCAAGCAUGAAGCUCCUGGGGACUGCCUUCUUUUUCCUUGCUGUACUCUGUGUUUGCACUGUAGGAGAAGAUGGCAUUGAAACCCCUACUGCCAAGCCAAACGCUUCUACAGCAACAUUAAAAGCUGCAGUGGAACCUGUGACUACAACAACUUCGCAAACAAUAACACUGGCAGUGCCCGUGCCGACAACUGCAGUCAAAGCUGCAGAUGAAAACAUCACAAUCAGCCCCAUGUCUUCUUCACCUAAUGCUACGUCACAAACAACACAAGGUACAACAGAAAAACCUCCAGCAGUGACUUCAGUAGCAAGUACAAGUCUCAGCACAACAAACACUACACAAGCAAGUGGAACACAGUCGGCAGAAAAUAAAAAUUUGGAUGCUGCAUCUACUACAGGACAGUCUUUUUCUUCUACAGUCUCUCCAGAAAGAAACACUUCUGCUUCUGGAACCUCCGGCCUUCCCAUGAGCUCUCCAACAAGCACAACAAAGCCAACUUCUGAAAGUCCUAAAAGCAGUUCUGGAAACCAGACUCAGACAGGGAGUGAUAUCAACUAUUCUAAUGUUAUCUUGCCAGUUGUCAUCACCCUGAUAGUCAUUACCCUCUCUGUCUUCUCACUGGUGGCUUUGUACAAAAUGUGCCAGAAGAAAACUCCAGAGAGACAAGAGAAUGGCGCUGAACAGGCCCAGUCAGGUAAAGAAGGAGUCAAACUUCUUUCCGUGAAGACAACUUCUUCUGAGACUGGAGAGCACUCAUCUCAUGGGAAGAAUAAAACUCGGCAACUUUUCACAUCUCAGCAGUAAAUAUAUGUGAAGCAGCCUGUUUUAUCACAAUAUGCAGGAGCGUCUCACCAAAGUUGUGUUUCAAUGGGAAAUGUGGAGAGGCUGAAGCUUUUUUACCAUCAGGACACUUGUGUUAAUGACCAGGUUUUGACUCCUAAAUCUCAAGCAUCUCCUUUCCCUUCUGGAAUGACAUGUAAUUUUUUGAUGGCUUAAUAACUGGUAUAUCAUGUAUAUUUAUUAUUUUCACAUAUAGUAAAAGCAGGGAAACAAGGUUGAAGACAAUGUAAAAACAAGAAGGGUGAAGAUAAUGUAAAAAUUUGGUGAUGUUUCCAUAGUAGCUACUAAAAAUGUUUUGUGCACACACAGGAAGGAAUAUGUCAGCAUACUUUGUUGAACUUUUGGUAGCUAGGGAUGUUUUAAUUGUAUGUUACAGAAUGGAAACAGGGCCUGAGCCUUGAUAAAGGACUGGGCAAACAGCCACUAUGAAAAUUAAUUCAGUGAUUUGCAUGAGACUCCUCACUGUAGCACAUGCUUUUCUUGUCAUAAAUGUUUACAGGGUGGGAUGCCUGGCUGAGAUGCUGAAGUGUGUGCUUCUUCUCUGUGAAGGGAGGAAUAUACCUUGCACUGAGGCUGUUUGAAAUUCUGUAAAUUACUGAAUACAAUCCUUUCAAUGUAGCAGGCAAUAGUUGGUUUUCACCUGUUCCUUGGCUAAUUGCACUACGUGUGCUACAAAUAUGACUUCCAUAUAGCCUGGGGCACACAAUGGGAAUCAGCUAGGUAAGCAAUUUCACAGAUGAACUUUCUUCCCUGUGUUCUGAGUAAUGCAUGGGAUUCCUGCGGGUUAUUGAAUAACUCUGGAAGUUCAAAGAGUGUUUCAAGUGCUAAUUACAGACACUCUUAAUUUGUACAGAGCUGACAGUUCCAAAAUAUCAAGUAGUGCUUCUACCUGUAUGUACCCUACCUUUCUAGAACUAUAAACGUUUGAAAGUUAUAUUACUGUGAGCAUCUGCUCAGUCUGAAUCCACUGACUGUAGCAUUCAAAGAAUUACCUUUUUUUUAAUUGGGAAAUGGAAGGAAGACAACUUGUUGUCUAAGUCCAGGACCAAGAUCCAAGACAGUCAUCUGAGUUUUGAUACGUAUUGAUACAAUGCAUUUGAGGAACUUUUCUCUCCAAUUUUCUUCUCUGAAAUAUUAAAACUUGACUAGCACUAUAGUGAGAGAUUGAGAAGAUUUAUUAAUUCAUGUCUAUAGACAAAUCUGAAAAGUGAUUAUUUCCCUGUGCUUGGCUGUUGCUCUUACUUCCAAUUUGGCGGGUCUGAUAAUCUUCUGUCUUAGUGGCACCAUGAGAGACUUCUGGUGAAGCUCAAUAAAAGAUGGGGAACAAGUGUCCAUGCUGCAGCUGAACUUACAUAGUUCAUUCAGGUAUUCUUGGAUCAUUUGUGUUCCUCAGGAGCAGAAAAGUCUUGGAUGCCUACUUUGGAAUGGUCAGGCCAUCCAAUAGUUGCAGUUGGCAUCUGCAACUGUUCUGGUUCCUGAUUGAUGAGGUUUCCUUCAAAAAAAAGCAGUCAUUCUGGAUUUUCAUGUUGAUUAAGAACCUGAGGUAUUUUGUAGUGUGUUGUAUCAUAGUGAAAGGAGAGUAGAGAGAAACAGAGAAAUAUUUUGAAAUAUCUGUGUUUUUUUCCAAAAUCUGUUCAGAAACUACCAUAUUGUGUCAAGAAAAAUAAAUUUACUGCCUAUUAAAAUUUAUUAUCUUUACUAAGUAGCUCUCCUUUUCUGUUUGCAGAAAUGCAAUCCAUUGCCAACAAUUAUUGUCCAUUGCUCCACAUGCCUGUUUCACAGAAUGAGGUAGAGCCUUUAUGGCAAGCCCGGAGAGCAGACAUUAAAUAUUCUGGGCAUGGUGGUGGCAGGGGCUCUGUGAAACCUUGAAGAAGCCAUGCUAGAGGUGGCAAGUGGAAACUCCUCCUCAUCACAAUCAGUGAUGGGGAGAGGAGAGGCCUCUCUGCAAAUCCUGAUACCAGAAAAGUGAAUAACAGCAAAACAGGGAAGGUGUUUGAGCUCUUCAUGGUGAGGGGCAUGGUAGACAACCAAGCACUCAACAGAAGGCUGGGAAACAUCUCUCAAAGAGACUGACUUGUGCUGAGUGUGUAUGAAGUAAAAAGAUGAGUUUAGUGGACAGCAGAAAUAAGGGCCGGAGAUCCUCUUAACCCCAGAAAUGAUAAAACUUUUGGUAAAAGGAGACACAUGAACUUCCAUUCUUGUUAAGAAUCUUAAGGGAACUGAUGUUUGUAUGAAGAAGACAGAUUUGCUUGAAGGAUAUCUGUAAAGCCCAGAAAGUAUUUGAAAGAAUAUUUGGGGUGCUUUUCUUCUGUAGAGUUGGAGGUGCUGGAAUUGCCUUUAAUAGGAGGUGAUGAACUAUUUGCAGAGAGAACUCUGUAUUUGAAGAAGUUACAUGCAAUGGCUUAGGUAGAUGAAAAAGAAAUGAAAAAUCAAUUCAGGUUGUCUGGCUCAACAGCUCUGCUGUAAUAUGUGUCUAAAAGAGCCACUAGAAUUUUUCUAAUCACUAGUUUGUCAAAAAAAAACCCAGAAGUUAAAGUUGGUCCUCCAAUAUAAAGUUUGUCUAUAGGAGAAUACUAGGAAAAUGUAUCUAUAUUUGUAUAAGUCUUCUCACCAAAGUUUGACUAAAUCCUCUGAGGACAGUC